UCACCUGCCACGGCCAGCAAGCUUAUCAUAUCGCGUGAUGGUUGGGUCGACGAAUACCUCGCCUGCCUUCACUAGGCUUCCCACUGAGCUUCUGAUACAAAUUCUGGAACAACAACACUAUGUAGCGGACACGUAUGAGCGAAAUAUAAUCGACUUCGCUACACUCAAAUCACUCCGUCUAGCCUGCAGGCAGUAUGCCUAUCUUCCGGCGCUUCUAGCGGAUAUCUUUCAACACAUCCGGAUCGAGGCGUCGCCAGAGCAAGUGAAAGUUGCCGAAUUGCUUGAUCUGUCAUCUAUGAAACCUUAUGUCAAAGCUAUCACAAUGGUACCCUCAAAGUAUACCUGGACCAUGACCGAAGGCAAAUUCCAGCACAUCAUUUGGUCUCCCCGAGCUGAAGAGAUAUUUGAUGAGAAAUUCUCGGUCAACGACUCAUCCGCAUUGGGAAGGCAAGAGAUCAAAGAAUUAGGGUUGGUUAGUUUCGUCGAGAAGCACACAGAUGGGGCCAUGCCUUUCACCAAAGGCGAAGUCGCAACUGGCUACGAGCGCUACAUGCAGCAUGCACGACGAACUCGGGAAAUGUUCGAGACAAAACAGAUAGACCGCGCGUGGUCCAGGUUGCUUGCCGAGCUACCGGAUGUGGAUUCGUUCAAUAUUGGACUCUGGAACUUUGACAGCAGCACAGACCAGAACUGGCGAAAACGGGGCUGCGACCUCCAGAUACACGGCCACGGUUAUGGCAUCCCAGGACAUGAAUAUGAAGCUUGCCGGCAGCUCCAUGCGCCCGUGGGAGAAGCGCUAUUCAGAGCAGCCAUUGCAGCUUUAACCACCGCUCGGUCCAACGUAUCGCGUCUGGAGAUUGAGUGCGUCGUCGACGGGGAGUUUACAUGGGCGGACGAUGAAACGUUGGACGGGCUGAACCUUUCCCGACUGCAGAGUCUGGUCUUUGACCCGAUUGGAGCAGACUGGCGGGAGGCGGGCAAUUGGUCGCGUGAGCACAAAGCUGCUGCUGGUGCGCGGUGUGGUCUUGCACUGGUAACACUCCUCAACAAGUGCAGUUCCAGUCUGCGUGAACUAAGCUUCUUUCCGCAGCGUAGUGGCAAUUACUUCGACUGGCCGCCCGCGGCACCGAAUUGGCCUCCAGUAUUGCCAGCCCUCGGCAGUCUCACAACGGGCACAGGGCUCGACCUAUCCGGAUUUGCACGCUUUUUACUUCAAUCUCCUGCUCUGGUCUACCUCCGACUUGAUGGCUCUGAGUGGCGCCGGGGAGAGUGGCGCGAGCUUUGGGAUGCUAUACGCAAUCAUCCCAACCGCAUGACUCUCAAUUUCGAUCAGCUUCCCUGCAGCAACUACGGAGAGUGUAGUGUGUAUCAUUACACAGGAGAGGCCAGCACUCUAGAUUCCGAUGAGGACCAGUGGGACAAUGUUCAGUACUGUCUAGAGAACUACCUAUCUGGGAGAAGCCCAUGGAACCGCACAUUAACACUAUGGUUUGAAGAGAGCGACUUUGAGUUCAGUGACUCGGACAAUGACGAAAGUGAUAGCGCUGAGAAUGACAGCGGUGACGAUACCGGUAUAGAUGUAUCAACCAGCUAGUCUGACAAGAGAACCCGUAUCUUGGGUACACUGCACCAUUCGAAUGGCGCUCGCACACAGGGGUUCAAGACUUUCAAUGCAGAAUGGACUAUGCACAGCUGCAGCAGGCAACCAGU